CCCUAUUUUCCCUCAUUUACGUCCAAAAAUCUCCCAAAUUCUCUCAAAAUUCACAAGAACAUUCAUACAAUCUUCAUAUCUUCAUAACUUCGCCCAUAAUAUCUUCAAACAAUUCCCAGGAAAACCAAAUACUUCAUGUUGAUUCUUCGGAAUAUUAUCGUCGACCAUCUUCAAAGGCCCUUCGUGUGGAGGUCUGGAGUGAUUAAUGGAUGAGGAAGGCUCGCAAGGUAGCACUUCACAAUGCAGAGCAUCUAUUGUUUCCGAUUUUGGGGUGUUUCGGAGACGAUAACCCAUCUGGAGGUGUUUUACUAUGUUUUGUUUUACCGAUUUUGGGUAACUCGCAUCCAUCUUCUUGCUGUUUCUUCUCCAAUCAGGUGUUCCUGGUCUCAGACGAUAAAAUACAUAUACAAAGUACAACCUACGCCUCAUAUUUCAAGAUUAGUUUUGUCUCAUAUUUCAAGGUCUGAUGUUCAACAAGCAUGAGUUCAUUGUCUUCCAUAAACUAUCUUCUCGAUUUCUACAACACAUUUGUAUCUAUAGAUGUUGGAUUUGCUUACAUAGCAACACAAACUCCAAGAAAGACUCGGUGCAUAUCUUGGAAUCACAGAGAACAAAAUUUCAAAUCCAACUGAUGCACUUUAUGUAGGUCCAGGGACACAUUUGGCCCACCUGGAAAUCUGGGCCCACUUAAGGAGACUAUCCUGUCAACUACAUUGUAUAUUUCUUACUUUCCCUUUGUUGAGGGUUACUAUGGGCUUGGACCUGAUGCAUAUAUCUUCAGUUGGCUAACCUUUUGGGCUUUGUGAUCGGACCAUGAAGCAUGCCACCUAUUUUUUUUAAUGCUUCAAAGAGAAACAUUUUUGGUUUACAACUCUUUUUCCCCUAUUGGUAUCAUCUUAACAAUUAUUUGUGAUUGCAUAGCAAGUCAAAAUUGUAUUCCAUGCCGUUGUGUAUCUUGGUGAGAUGGCGGGGGUACGUGUGGUUGAAAGAAGAGAAAGCAAAACACUUGCAGCAACAGAUGAAAGAAGGUAACUCUCAUUGCAGCCCGGUUUAAUUCUUUGGAUUUGGAGCUAUAAUUGCAAGGUUGCAACAUUUUUUAUUUUUUGCUAAAUUUUAAACUAAUACUAUCAUUUUGUUUGUUAUAGACCUCCAAUUACAACUACUCAUUUUUAAUAAUUGUUUGUUUUAAUAUUGCAUGUGACAUGGAAGCAUUUGAGUAAUUGCGGUAAUAGCAACAUACUUUGAAUUUU